UCUCUAUAUAUGUAUAUAUAUAUGGUGAAUUAGAAUUAAACCAGCUCUUACAGUGGUUUCAUUCUCUUCUGAACACUUCUCUCCUCUCUCAUACACUCAUAUGAAUUAGUACCAAACCCAGGUCCAAAUUAUAGACACAAAUCUCUCUCUCUCUCUCUCUCUCUCUCAUAUAUAUAUAUAUAUAUAUAUGCUCAUUCAAGGAAAGGGAGGUGAAAAUGGGGAGGAAGAGUAUUGUGAUGUAUCAUCUGAUUUGUUGGGCAAUUUUGGGAGUAGGCGUAAUGAGCACAUGGGGAGAAGACAGGUUGAUAAACCCAUCAUAUCUGGAAAUGUUUGUAGAUGAUCUUGUUGAUAUGCCCAAAUUAAAAGGUUUUGAUAUUGUCAAUGGCCUCCCCGUAUCCAAGACCUUAAAGAUUGGCAUGUUCCACAAGAAAUGGAAAUUUCACAGGGAUAUCCCUUCAACCCCAGUAUUUGCCUACGGUACAUACAAGGACACCGCAACCGUUCCUGGUCCAACAAUCGAGACCCGUCAUGGGAUCGACACUUAUGUGAAGUGGCAAAAUCACCUCCCUUCAAAGCACAUUCUUCCUUGGGACCCUACUAUCCCAACUGCCACACCAACCACUAAGAAGGGCAUUCCUACUGUGGUUCACCUCCACGGUAACAUUGGUGAGCCCGAGAGCGAUGGACAUGCAGACGCAUGGUUCACCGCACGAUUUCAAGAGAGGGGACCCACUUGGACUAAGAAAACCUAUCACUACUACAACAAUCAACAACCAGGAAACCUAUGGUACCAUGAUCAUGCAAUGGGGUUGACCAGAAUCAACCUUCUAGCUGGCUUGAUUGGGGCCUACAUCACUCGUCAUCCAGAAAUUGAGGCCCCACUUGAACUUCCAUACGGUGAUGAGUUUGAUCGUCCGUUGAUCGUUUUCGAUCGUAGCUUUCGUACCAACGGUUCAUUAUUCAUGAAUUCUACAGGAAAUAAUCCCUCCAUACACCCUCAGUGGCAACCAGAGUACUUCGGUGAUGCCAUCAUCGUAAAUGGCAAAGCUUGGCCUCGAAUGAUCGUACGGCGGAGAAAGUAUCGAUUUCGUAUUAUCAAUGCAAGCAAUGCUCGAUUCUUUAAGUUCUUCUUUACCAAUGGGCUAAGAUUUAUCUUUGUGGGUUCUGAUUCAGUCUAUAUUGAACGGCCAGUGAUGCUCAAUGAGAUCCUCCUAGCCCCAUCUGAGAUUGCUGAUGUGAUAGUUGACUUUUCGGAGUCAAAAUCAAAUUCUACUAUUUUAGCCAAUGAUGCACCGUAUCCUUACCCUUCUGGUGACCCGGUCAACGGAGCAAAUAGCAAAGUCAUGAAAUUCGUCAUCAAAGAACAAACUGAGGAUGACAAGGGGCGAGUACCUGAUAAGUUGAUAAAAUACCCAUCUCCUGAUUUAUCCAGUGCUUCGGCAACACGGUACAUUGCAAUGUACGAGUACACGAGUGACAUUGAUGAGCCUACUCAUUUGUAUCUUAACGGGAAAUCAUUCGAAGAACCGGUGACGGAGAUUCCAAAAGUGGGAACCUCAGAAGUUUGGAAUGUGAUAAACCUAACAGAGGAUAAUCACCCAUUGCACAUCCAUUUGGGUCUAUUUGUGGUGUUAGAUCAAACGGAGUUGGUAAACGUUGAUGAGUUUCGAAAUUGCAUGAAGAAGAUAAAUGAUGCUAUCAAGUGCCAAAUAAGCAAGUACGCACGUGGCAAAAAUAUGGAAGUGUUGGAGCAUGAGAAGGGUUGGAAGAACGUGUACAAGAUGACACCUGGAUUUGUUACCAAGAUCCUGGUGAGGUUUUCUUACAUACAUUCAAAUGCAUCUUAUGUGUUUGAUGCAACUGCAGAGCCCGGUUAUGUCUACCACUGCCAUAUUUUGGACCAUGAAGACAAUGUUAUGAUGAGGCCCUUGAAGUUCAUCAAGUGAGAAGGGUGCACACAUGUAUCACAUGAUAAAUAACUUUUAUAUGUAAUUUUGUUUUAAUAUUUAAUGAAUAUAGAUGGCAACAAAUUUGAUAAUUGGAAAGUUGCUUUGGAAGUUGGGAUGAUUUCAAUCAAUUAAGGAGAAACUAACUUGGUGAUACUUGGCCAUGUGAGGCCAAUAGUAAUUUGUAAUUCUGUUUAUAUCACAAAACAAGUU